AAAUCUGAUAACAGUACUAUGAAGUUUAUAGCUGAAUGGGCUGCUGUACUCAUUUGUGUAUCUAGUAUGCUCUUCACACAAGUCGGUAUUGGUGCUUAUUUGGUUAUUACUAAAGAUUUUAUCGCUGAAACAUUCAACAUCGCUCAAGAUGCAGGUGAGCAAUCAUGGAUUAUUGCAGCCCAUUCCCUCACCGUUGGUACUUUCGUCUUACCAGCCGGUCGUCUGGGUGAUAUGUAUGGAAACAAACUCAUCCUCUGCAUUGGUUUCUUGUGGUACAGUAUUUGGUCUAUGGUCACAGGAUUGACAGUGUACACUCACUCAAUUAUCUUCUUCGAUGUAUGCAGAGCUCUCCAAGGUAUUGCUCCUGCAUUGAUGUUACCAAAUGCAGCUGCCAUCAUUGGACGUACAUACCCACCAGGAGUGAAGAAAGCUAUCUCAUUCGCUUUAUUUGGAGCUUCUGCCCCAAAUGGUUUCGUUCUUGGUGCCGUUUUUAGUAGUUUGUUCGCACAGAGCUCAGUAAAAGCACCAGUAGAUGGUGCUGAAUGGGCAUGGUCAAACUUCGUACUCGCUAUUGCCCUCUUUGUUAUGCUCUUACUGGCUAUAUGGAUAUUGCCUGAAGACGAUGACAAGACGGAGCAGCGGAAUCUCGGUUUCGACUACCUGGGAACUAUCACAGCUGUGUCAGGAUUGGUUUUAUUCAAUUUUGCCUGGAAUCAAGCGGCUGUCGUCGGUUGGAAGAAUGGUUAUGUCUGCGCACUCCUCGUAGUCGGCUUGAUCAUGCUAGGUGUAUUUGCAUUCGUCGAAAGUCGCGUAAAGCAGCCACUUCUUCCACUCACAGUUUUCAGUAAUAUUCACAAUAACCUCAUGUUGGGAUGUAUCGGAACGGGAUGGGGUACAUUCUCGAUUUGGUUAUUUUACAGUAUAAGAUUCAUUCAGGAUUUUAGAGGUCUUGGUGCACUCGAGACUGUCUCUCAAGUGGUGCCAUGUAGCGUGACAGGAUGUCUCGCAGCAUCACUUUCAUCCUUCCUCAUCCUCAAAGCUGGUGGAAGUUGGGUUAUGAUAGGAGCCUUACUGGCUUUCUUGACAGCUGUCUGCUUGAUCGCCUUCCAACCAAUACACCUCACAUACUGGGCUAUGCAAUUCGUCAGUUACGUUAUCGCACCAUUCGGUAUGGAUAUGAGUUUCCCUGCCGCUUCUAUAAUUAUUUCAGAUCACUUGCCACGCGAACACCAGGGUUUGGCUGGGUCAUUAGUCAACACACUCGUCAACUAUUCUAUAGCAAUUGCACUGGGUAUUGCUGCGACAGUUGAAAUGAACGUCAACGAGGGUGGUGAAAACCCAGAGCGUGGUCUGCGUGGUGCUCUUUACCUUGGUGUCGGUCUUGCAGGCUUCGGUCUCAUGCUUGCUAUAUUUAACAAAGUUCUAGAAGAAUUUGAAACGCGUAGAUCACCAAAUGCUAAUACCCACGAGGAAGCAGGUGGAAUUGACGAGAAACAUUAAUUUAUGCAAUUUUGCCGGAUAGAAGUACUCUUUUAGACUUAAUUUAUAUGGAAUUUCAAUAGGCUUUUCUUAAUAAUAUAGGAUGUAUUAUAUGGGCCACAUUUUACUUUAUAUCAUAAUUUUUGUAGCUACUAUUAUAACACUAUGUCAAAUAUCAAUCA